AAACCGGAAGUAAGAAUCUGCGUAUGUUUGAAGGGAACGUUCACAGCCUUGUAACAGUGACAUGUUACAGUUUGUGUUUAUUUCGCAGCAAGAGUGUUUUAUAAAGUGGACACGUCGAGACGUUACUGCGUUCAGAGCUCGAGUGUCACGUUAGAAAAGCACAAAAUGGCUCAGUACACUUUCCACGAGCAGCUGUUGUCCGUCAUGGAGAUUCUGGCCAAGGCAGCGACGGAGGAAAUUAACCGGCGUGUGGCCGACAGCUGUGCGGUGAUCCGCAUCGAGCUUUCCCGCAGUCAGAGAGACAUCGACAGCCUGAAGAGGAAGUGUCAGGUGAUGGAGAAUGAACUGAGGAAGGUACGAGGAAGAGGGAGACGGAAAGUGUUCAUCUGCAGCUCCUCUGAGAAGAUACCUUUUCAGGGUCUUUGUGCCAGAAACACCGGUGUAAAUGCAUGCAGAGCUGAACAGCCAGUUCCCCCAACACAAGAAGACUCUGAAGCAUCUACACAACCCAUCCAUCAGACCGUUCAGAUACUGGAGGACAGAUCUGCAGCAACAGCCAUUAAAGAGGAGAGGAAUGAAAAUGAUCCAUGGAGUCGGGGAGAGGCUGCAGGGCAGUUUCCUUAUGGGUGUCAUGGCAACAAGCCACACAGCUCAGCUCAGGAGAUAAGUGAAGAACAAAAUCGAUUUUGUGAUGACAUGGAGAGACAGAGGAUGCACCUCACACACAUCAGUUCUCCGGUUACGGGCAAUGAGGAGCAUCCAAGCAGUCUCAGACUUCAGGUUAAAACUGAAAAGGAGGAAGAGGAAGAGAAAGAAGUUGCAGAAGUCAUCCUGGUAGAAGGGUCUGAGCAGAGGAGAGAAGAAACUAGUCACCCAGAGUUUGCUUAUACCAACAAAAACAACAGUAAUGAGGUGGAAAGAACAGACAAGUCCUUCACAUCCACUCAGCUUUCAUGCGACCUUUCAGUCUUCUCUCAGCCUGUUGUGGAAGCAGCCAUGGAACAAUCCGGAAACGAUGGCAAAACUAUACCGAAUGACCAGAUAGAGAUGUACGGUGUCGGACAGGUCAGUGUCCAUGAGCAACCACAGCCAGCAUGGUGCAGAGACAGAGCACAUGAGGCAGAUCAUAUGGUACAAAGACGGAGGCGUGAUGCCUCAAGCACACACCAGCAGCACAGGACGUUAUCCAGACCCAGCGAGGCCGGAGUCGGAGCUGGCAUGGCCCCCCAGACCGGCUCCAACAUUCCCCACCCGGCGUUUGUGGGAAGAGGCCGUGGUGGGUUCAGACGUUUCCGAGCUCAGUGGGUAACCAGCGUGGAUGGAGAGAGGCGCUUCCGGUGUUCGUUCUGUGAGCGGACGUUUGUGCGUUUCGGCCAGCUGAAGGAGCACAUGCGCAGCCACACCGGCGAGAGGCCGUACACGUGCAGCCAGUGCGGUCGCAGCUUCACCAAACAGGGCAAUCUGAUCCGGCACGCCGUGGUGCACAGCGGAGAGAAACCGUAUCAGUGCAGCCUGUGUGGGAAAUGCUUCACUCAACGCUCCAGCUUAAAGUCCCAUCAGAAAACACACACGCCAGACAGAGACACUGUUCUGCAAGGAUUAGCUGUGCGUCAGCUGGUCAGAGAGCAACACGACAGCCUUGCCGUAACACAAACCAGGGGUUUUGUAUAGCAACACCCCAGCAUUGAUGCCAUUAUUACUUGGAUGGGCAUGUUGAUAAGCAGUUCCACAGAUCCUGCAGCAUUCGCUGAGUCUUUACAAAGCCUGGCUGUUUGAAGACAUUAUUGCAGUGCUUAUUCUCUAGGAACGUUUUGUUUCGAUUUAGAAGGCAACGUAAUGACAGAUGUCUUCAAAAAUACUUUCUUUUGGUCUUUUGAUCAUGCUGUUCACAAAGAUGGACAUACUGUUCCUGCUGAAAGUUUGAAAAGCAUGACUGCAUUAAAAAACAUUAAAAACAACAACACACUAGCUAGUUAAUGUAAUGUGUCCUAGCAGGUCAUAGAGGUCAGAGUGUGUAGGUUGGCAUUGUGGGCAUUAAGCUUUCUCCUUUUUCUUUAUUUUCAAGCAGCAGACUUCACUACAUUCCCAAAGAUUUAAUCAUUUGCAAUGAGCAGUGCACGUUACUUGGAAAGCAUAUGAAGCAUUUGAGUUCUGUUAUUACCGCAUUCCUCGUGAUUCCAAGCUAGUCUGGACUCUUAAUCUAGACCGUGCCCAGCUAUAUUUCAGCCUGUAGUUCUCCGGCAGCAGUACGCAAAUAAUAAUUCUUUUUCUAGAAGUGAUCGUAUCUUUUGUCAGACACUGUGUAUCCGCCUCAUGGUGCAGAAAAAAAAACACAACGGUCCGUGUCAUAUUGUGCAACAUGUUUAUCGUUACACCGCUACAGAGAGUGAUGCAAAACGGUUGCGUCUCAAGAUACUUGCACAUAGCGUGCGAGUCGUACGUUACAGUGGCUGUAGAUGAGUUGUGUUUUGUAGUGUAUUGAUUUAACACAAUGUCAUGAAAUCAUACGGAUGGGUUUCUACCACUGUAUCACCAACAGUAAGCCUUUUUUCCGUGAAAUACAAUGUUUCCUGAUGGUUAGCGCAGCCAGAUUAUUUUAUUCCGUCUGUGUUUUGGUUUGCGUUCACGAACCUCUGAUUAUCUCCGCGUAAAGUUUUUUAAAAAAAUGUAAUAUCAUUUUAAUGCAGUGUUUCUACACGUCUCUCUCUCUGUCUCUCUCUUAACUGAUUGAAGAUUCUCCACAAGGGGGCGCUCUCAGAUGGAAAAAUUCGCUGAAACGAAGCAUACGCCAACAUUUCAUGCAACAACACGCCCCCCCCCACCAGUCAGUUAUACAAUAAUAACACGCCCUUACAAACAAUACGUCAGGCUUGAAAUCACCUUCUGGUUAAAAUAAUUAUCUGUCAUCCAAGUGAUUCACCAUCGAUUAUUUAACAAAACAACGUUAACAAACGACCUUCAGCUGACUUCAGAUUAGAAACAGAGAUAAGGCGAUCUGAGGGAAACGCAACACAAAAUUUAUUGAUGCUCGUUCUUUCAUUUUUAUUAACACUAGAAAUUCGCUCAUUUUUUAUAAAACACCAGUUUGUUUUUGUCUUCACUUUGCAUUAAUGACACAUUUUUUUAAAAUAGCAAAUUCAUCAACCAUGCUCGAAAAAGCUAUGAGGAUCUACACCUGUUCCUUUGGUGGGACUAAAUUUGGACAAUUUAAGUCUUAGUAAACAUUUUGUUCCUUUAAAAUAAAAGCAGUGGACAUAAGGACAUGAAGUUUGAAGGAUUUGAGUGUUUUUUUUAUUUUAGGAGUUUGUUAUUUUAACCGUUAAAGCAGUGUAGUUUGACCAAACCUUAUUUGUAUGUGAGUUUUGUUAAUUAAGCUCAGUGUGUUAAAAGCAAAUAAUACAUUAUGUAUAUUAAGGAAAGAUAUUUUGUGCUACUAGAGUUUAUUAGGCAAUGACGUCUGUAUGAUGAUGGAAAAAAAACCCACAAUUUGGCUUCAUUUUUUUUUUUAAUUAAUGUGAUGUUAUAAUCUGAAGUAAUAAUAAUGAUUAAAAACUCUUUUUGUACAAAUUAAAUCUCUCUUAGCGCAUCUGUUCCUGUGGUACAAAUCCCAGGUCCAUCAAGCUGUCACUGCUGGGCCCUUGAGGAAGGCCCUUAACCCUCAGUUGUAUAAAAUGGGAUAAAAUGUAA